AUGUUUGAGGAGCAGGCGACCAAGGUCAAGAUCACGUCUGUGGUGAUUUUGGUGGGCAUGUCGUCGAUGCUGGCGGCGGUGGUGACUGACCACUGGGCCGUGCUCAGCCCACGGGUGGAGAAGCUCAACGCCACCUGCGAGGCAGCCCACUUUGGCCUCUGGAGGCUCUGCAAGAAGAGCAUCUUCAUUGUGGAGGCGGACCCCCAGGGCAAAGGCUGUGGCCCCAUCAGCUUACCUGGAGCGAAAAACUGCUCCUACUUCAAACACUUUACAUCGGGGGAAGAAGCUGAAGUUUUUGAAGUCAAGACCCAGAAAGAGUACAAUAUCUCAGCAGCAGCCAUCGCCAUUUUCAGUCUUUUCUUCAUGAUCCUGGGCACCCUCUGCGUCACCUUCUCUUUUGGGAAGGGGCGGGACUACCUGCUCCGGCCUGCUGGGAUGUUCUUUGCCUUUGCAGGUCUUUGCAUCAUCAUUUCUGUUGAGGUAAUGCGCCAGUCUGUCAAACGUAUGAUUGACAGUGAUGAGACCAUCUGGAUUGAAUACUACUACUCCUGGUCCUUUACCUGCGCCUGCGCCUCCUUCACCCUGCUCAUCCUCAGUGGAAUCGCCCUGCUCCUCAUCUCCAUGCCCCACAUGCCACGUAAUCCCUGGGAGACCUGCAUGGAUGCUGAGCCUGAGCCCUUAGAUUAGCCAGAGGUGGUGCAACAGACAACCUGGUUGAACAAGUAGCCCUUUAACUACCAAUUCUAUCCCACAUAUUUAUCAUUUCUGCAAGCUAUUUUUAAAGAGAUAUAAAAUUUUUUAGCCGGAUUUCCCACCUACAGAUGUCCACUGGUUUCAGUUCAUAUUAGUAAAAUAUUAAAACCAACUUGAGAAGAGUUGCAUAUGAAAGAUAACCACAGCAAAAACAAAGAAAUUCAUGUUGUCCUCAUGUGGUAAAUCAGCUGGAAACAGGAAUGAAAACGUUACACUUAAAUAAUGUUUGCUGAAGAGAACCUUAAAAAAAACAACAUUUACCAAACUCACAUUAUCAGUUCCAUGUGGGUUCUGCUUGUAACUGCAUUAGCCUACCAAGGUUAAUAUUUUUUUUACUAAAAUAAACUGCAACCAGUAGAUGACUGGAAGUGAAGAAUGGAUCGAGUACAAACAAUUGUAGGAGAUGCAGGUAGUAAAUCAGGUAAACCCAUGCAAACAAACCUGAAUAGCCCUUUAAGGAUUGACCAUACAGGACAUAGUAGGUCAACGUAUAUAAGAUCCACAUUUAAGAGUUUUGACACUUUAUAGUUCAAGGACGGCUACACUGUUGGACAAUCACAUCGGAAAAUAUAAUUUUUAUAUAUGGUUUUUAGUGGCUAAUCCUACAAUACAUGAACUGUCCAACUGCAGUCAGUGUAAUAAAAGUAAAAUGAUUUUCAGAUGCUACACUAGACAAAAAUUCCGCUAUGACAACAAACAAGUCAUGAUCAAACUUUAAGACUUAACAUUUAAAUUACAUAGAAAUAAAUGACCGGAUAACAUUUGAAGAAAAAAAAAAAAAAAAAUGUGAGCCAUUGUAACACAUUGUUUAAACUGGAGUGUAUUGGUGUAAUCGGCUACUGUCACUGCAGUCUUUUCUUUUCUCCAUGGACUUUCUUCAAUCAAUAUGUGCCACUGUCUACAGAGAGACCACCUGCCUGAUUCUCCCUUGUUGACAUCAGUCAUUGAUUUCAUGUCAAUGUUCAAGACCCCUGGUGACUUAAGUCCAGGAGCUCUAAUAUUGUCCAUAGCAUUUGUUAAAGCUUGGAGGUUGUGCUUUGAUUGUUAGCAAAUGUACUUUGCUUUUAGUGGGCAUAAAAAAUAAAAGCAACAGAAAUAUACAAAGUUUAGAAAAUAACUGAUGUUCGCUAAACUGCAACCCUGAACAGCGAUUGUCCAGUCAAACCUCAGCAGCAGUAAAUAUGUACAGCAGGUCUCCUGUGACGCUGAAGAUUACUCUACAUGUUGGAGCAGCGUGCAUGGGGCUGUAGUUAGACCGAUAAUUCAUAGAAAGAAUAUGAAUAGUGGUUCCUCUAUAAAAAAAAAAAAAAAAAAAAAAAAGAAACUCUCCAAAAACAAACAUACAAGUACAAAUGUGUAAGAAUUGGAUUAAACAUAAGAUGCAAAUGCUAUCAUGUCCGGCAAACUAUACACUGCAGUGACAGCAACCUCACCCAGCAUUACUUCCAAAGUCAGUGGCAAUGUCAAGUUGGAAGGAUGCCAUCUUUUUGCCUGAGAUCUUUUAGCUUCAGCCUCUCUCUUUUAGCACAGUAUCAUGUAGCCAGCCGUGUGUAUGCCUAGCCAUCAACUACAUAUUUAAGACCCUUUUACUUCUUUUAAAACAAAUCAUGAAAAUAUGAAUUAGUCUGCCGAACACACCAACUUGUGAGGCUAAUGUUAGCUUAUUUAGCUAGCUAUAACGACAGCUGAUAAAAUCAGAAAGUGAUAGUUCAGCUAAAAAAAACAGAUUGUCACUGUAUAGAAAUGAGAGGCCUGUCUUUGACUACCACUGAAAUCAAGGACUGGACCAUUGCUGCAAAAAAACUUUUCAAAUGGUAGAUGUGGUAAAUCUGGGUUGACAAGCGUGACAGGUAAAGAAACAGAAACUUAAUUGACUAAAUAAUUGUCAUAUAGAGAGCCAAAGUGAAACCAGAACUUUGGGCUCUGUUUUGUUCUGAAUCGAACAGACCCCAAAAUCCCAUUCACAUUUUUAUCAUUGCUAACAGCCAGAAGUCCAGCCUUGGAGCUGAGCCUUUCUCAACAGUAUGUUGUGUGGCUCACUUGAUGUGUUUAGAUAAGUAUGGUACAUUUUUUGGAAAACAAUUUAAUAUCAUUGUAGGCAAUGUUAAAAAAUGUUUUAGUGGCCUUUAGCAAACACCAUUUCCCAUAUGCCCCAGACAUUUGUGAGCUAAACAUCCCAGCUGGACAGAAGAGGGAGCGAUUUACUUCAAACAUGUUCGUAAUGAUAGCAGGACAGAGGAGGAGGGAACAUACAACUACUGCAUGGAAAAAAUGAUUUGAGAAGAGACCAUGGGUGAGUUUUCGAUGAUGUUCCCACGCUGCUACACUUUGUUAAACUUGUUAAAAUCAUAAAGGUUUCUACUUGUUGUAGUAGAAAGUGCUGUAGUGGAUGGCGAUUUGACUUUGAAUAUGGAGCGAAAUAUCAAGAAACAUGGUUCGAUUUUCACAAAAGCAAUUAAGAAAACAUUAAAUUGCGUUAUUGAAGUUAAUGAAAUGGAGGCUAUAGAGUGAAUGUCAUCUCACCUCAUGACUUUGUCUCUCUAUAACUGUGGGUUAUGAAACAUACCUUCACUUAAAAUGUAUAAUAAACAUCCAUGAAGAAUUGACUGCAAAUUUAGAAAAAAUAGAGAUGUUUGUGGCCCUUAUAUUUUUCAUUUGCAAUGCUGCAGCCUAUUGAAUUAUAUUAUUUUUCUUUUGGGGCCAUAAAUGCUUAAAGAUAAAAUAUUUAGGAUAAGUAUGACACAGAGGACUUUUUCAUUUAAUUAUUGCCUAUGACUGUAAAAUUCUUCCUUAAUAAAUCCUUAAACUUACUUCCUUAUUUUUCUGUUCUGUAGACAACUAUAUUGUUGCUGUCAGAUGAAAACCUCAUUGGGACAGACUUUGCUUUUAGUGGCUUUUUAAUUAUUGUCAUGUUCAAAUCAUAGAUGACCUUUUCAAUUCUAGUAGAAUCAAUAUCAACACAAAAAUCAAUUUUCACCUGACAGCAGUAAUUUUUAUUUCCUGCGUAGAUCUUACACAAAGGUUGUAUAUUGUUAAUCUACCAUGUUAUUUUUCAGUGAGUCACACUGGCCCCAAAGUCAUUCAGCUGGUGCAGGUGCACUGAAAUUAAAGUUCCUUAAAUGACGCCGUUUCACCGGGGAACACAAGAAGAAGAAAUGAUUACAUUUGGCUCUGAGGUCCCACUGAGAGGAACAUUUCCACUUUUCUUACUCCAAUCAGAAUAGUUGCUUGAUCAUUGUACAGGUUUAUAUUUUAGUAAAUUAACCUUCCCUUUUCAUUUUAUUGACUAUUUUAUAUAAUUUGCAGUGAUCAUGUGAAUCCUGUCAUCUUGUUCAGCUGGACAGAAAAAUGAACAGCUGAAAAAUGGUGUUUAAUACAAUUUAUACAACAAACCUGGAGGAGUUUCAUACACAGAAUGCCCACAUGAAUGUCCCCCAUGUGAAAAAAUACUCACCCAGAGUUUAGUAUCUCUUGUAAACAACACACCUGAUUUGUAUUUUACUCUAGAUUUGUAAAUGCUCUGAUUAAAUAUAUGUCCAUGAUUGUCUUUUUUCAAAAGAAUUAAAAAAGUCAAUAAUGCUGGUGUGAAUGUUGGUAUGACUUCUCUUGCACAGUGUAAAGCAAUAUUCAAUUUCUGACAUGUUGUUUUUGGUAUCAGUUCUUCCACACAGGUUUUACCAUCAGUGUUCUGCUAAUCUUUAUUGAUGCAUAAUCGUGUUAGUUUCCCUCUGCUUGCAUUCCUGUGGAAAUCCUACUGAAACACAUAGUAUAAAAAAAAGUAGUGUCUUUCCUCCAUAUGGUGUUUUUAUGCGUUUACCUGCAGAUGGAGAAAUCAAUGGAUGCAUUUAUUCAGGAAAUAAAAAUGGCAUUUCAAGUCUUUUCUUUA